GCAGCCACACUUGAAGUUUAUUUAAAUUCAAAUUUUAAACUUACAACAAAAUUUAAGCUGCACAAAGACUUAGCAAUUAUUCAUCGCCUACAUCAGUUUAUAACCAUUUUUUAAUAUGCAUAAUUUCAAUAAAUUAUGCUAAGUUUCCAAAAUUUUUAAGCAUCGAAAGAAAGUUUAACUCUUAUCAGUAAGCUUUAGUUUUUUGAUUCGGGAGCUUAGUUGUAAAUUAAUAAGCUGAAAAAAUGCAAGUGAUUUGUGGGAUCCUGUUGAUCCUGGGAGUAGUAGCCAGUAUUUUAUCUGAGUUCUGCGACAAUGGAACUGGAGAGUGCAAAGAUUUGAGUGCCAGCGAUUGCCCGGCCGUAUUUUUCAACCUGGCUUUGAUUGGUCGUUUUGUGAAAUAUUGCGACGAAUUCAACGACAUUGUGUGCUGUCCACUGCCCAUUAACAUGCAAAGCCAGUCGCAGCAGUUCUCAGGAAACAUUGGCCUCAAAAGAUUCGAAAAGGAAUGCCGUCGCUAUAAUGAGAUAAGAGCUUCCUGUCGCUCCACCCCGCUGAUUGUGGGUGGCGCCAAGGCCGCUGGCCGGGAACUCCCCUUUAUGGCGCUUCUGGGGCAGCGUGGGAAAAACUCUUCGCACAUCGACUGGGACUGUGGCGGCACCCUCAUCCAUCCCAAGUUCGUGCUCACCGCCGCCCACUGCCUGGAGACCAGCGAAACCAAGGAGCAGCGCCUGGAUCCCAAAUACCAAGGUCCCAAAUAUGUGGUCAGGCUGGGUGAACUGGACUACGAGAGCAGCGCGGAUGAUGCCCGGCCGCAGGACUUUCGGGUGGUCAACUAUGUGGUGCAUCCUGCAUAUGGCGAGGAUGAUGACACUGGGAGUCGCAGGAACGACAUUGCCCUGGUGGAACUGGACAGGGAGGCGACUUUCAACGAGUAUGUGGCACCUGCCUGCCUGCCACCGGCCAGUGGAAAUGAUCAUCUCCAGGUGACAGCCGCCGGCUGGGGAGCCACCGCCGAAGGAGGACACUCCUCCUCGCACCUGCUCAAAGUCACCCUGGAAAGAUUCGAGGAGGAGCAAUGCACUCAGCGGUUGGAGCACAAAAUCGACAGGCGCACUCAACUGUGCGCCGGAUCUCGGAACACCAGUGCGGAUACUUGCUACGGCGAUUCCGGUGGACCCGUCUUCGUGCAACAUUCUACAUACUCCUGCCUCAAGCAGGUGAUUGGCAUCACCUCAUACGGAUUGGUGUGCGGCGUCCAGGGAUUGCCCAGUGUGUACACCAAGGUACACCUUUACACCGACUGGAUAGAGAAUAUCGUGUGGGGCGAAUAGGCUACCAAAUAUUUAAAUCGGUAAUUUGCAACUCUUACUUAAAGGUAACAUCUAAAUUUUGGUUAUAUCAAUAUAUUUUAUGAAUGAAUAUGUUAUGUGAACAAUAACCUGGUUAACAUCUCCUUAGUGUUAUUUUAUUGCUUGCACUUCAUAUUGCAGAAGGUGCUAAAAUAAGAUUUGGAAUGCUUUGUUGCCAAAAUAGUAUUCAUAAAUAAUUCAUACUCCAGCUUUGAUAAAUUUGUAUAUUUCCCUUAAAGAAAUAGUUUUACCUUGGACCAACAUCUUCUUCACUUAAUAAAAAAAAAAAGAAAUGGUUAACGUCUCCUAAAUGUUAUUGUAUUGCAUCUAGAUAUAGGUGCUAAAAUUAAAAAGAAUAUAUAUCUUUCAUCAUACCUGAAGUUUAUAAACUAUUGAAUUAAGUAUGCAGCAGCCUCUUAAAUUACUUAAAAGUUAAACAUUUAUAAAAACUAUAAGAGCGGUACAUUGUCUUUAAUAAACCUUCUCUUAAUUUUUAACAACUUAUGACUUAUAUUCUUACCAAGAAAGUAUAAAAAAUAAAACUUAUGUGGCUUAAAAACAAGUCCGCAAACAAAAGUUGUAGACUCUUCGGAAUAAAAAUGAAUCAAAUAAGUAUAGAGAAUAUAUUAUUUAGUAUUGAAUCAAUACUUAUGGUAUCUGUAGCUUAUUUUGAAGACACAUUUAUUGAAAGUUUUUAGGCUGUAUGAGUUUAUAACGAAAAUGUAUUUUUAUAAAACUCAAAAUUCAAAUAAAAAAACCAUUUAAAAAUAAAAAUAAAAACCUGAACCUGCACCUUGUGGAGUAAUAAAGAAGAUCCGGUUAAUAGACUUUCAAGUGCAAUUAGAGUAA